UCCGGGUGAGAGAGGGAGAGGGAGAGGAAGAGCGGGGUUACAGGAUCUGGGUUAGAAGAGCAGCAGGAACUGUUGAAGCGCUUCUGGAGGAGUUAAACUAGUUAUGGGACACUUCUCUACACUCCAGUGAAGCCUGGGCGGGACUGAGCCGGAGAGAGCGGACCGAGCGGGGUCUGAAAGUGUGUGAGUGAGCAGAAUCGGGACCGAGCGCUUCGAGCCCAUGUCAGUCCGCGCGGUGAGUGAGCCCGGCCCGGGAGCUGCGCGUUUGUUUACUGUUUCUCCCGCGUUUUAAACUCCAUUCCCUGCGAUUCUCCGACUCGCACAGUCAACGCAGACAGAGCGGCGGACCGCCCUUGCCUCGCGAGUUCACCCCGCUGCCGCCCGGCCGCCCCGCACCUCCCCCUAAUCGUUUCCAACUUCCCCAGCACGGCGCUCUCUCCGCUGCUGGGAUGUUCCACUGUAUCCCCCUGUGGCGGUGUAACCGUCACGUAGAAACGAUCGAUAAGCGUCACUGUUCGCUGCUUUACGUGCCUGACGAGAUCUACCGCUACAGCCGCAGCCUAGAGGAGCUCCUGCUCGACGCCAACCAGCUCCGAGACCUGCCCAAGCAAUUCUUCCAACUAGUGAAGUUAAGAAAGCUUGGAUUGAGCGAUAAUGAGAUCCAGAGACUUCCUCCGGAGAUCGCCAACUUUAUGCAGCUCGUGGAGCUUGACGUUUCACGAAACGAUAUUAUAGAGAUUCCAGACAGCAUUUCCUUUUGUAAAGCUCUGCAAGUAGCAGACUUUAGUGGAAAUCCUUUGACAAGAUUGCCGGACAGCUUCCCUGAAUUGCGGAAUCUAACCUGCCUAUCCAUUAACGACAUUUCUUUACAAGCACUUCCUGAUAACAUUGGAAACCUCUGUAACUUGGUAUCACUGGAACUCAGAGAGAACAUGUUGACAUAUUUACCAGAAUCUCUUUGUCAGCUAAACAGACUUGAAGAGCUUGAUCUAGGGAACAAUGAACUGUAUAAUUUGCCAGAGACAAUAGGAUGCCUUGUCAGCUUAAAGGACCUGUGGCUCGACGGAAACCAGCUGGCUGAAAUACCACCGGAGCUGGGCAGCAUGAAGAACCUGCUGUGUUUGGAUCUGUCCGAGAACAAGCUAGAGCGCCUUCCGGAGGAAUCGGCUGGUCUGAACUCUCUCACUGACCUGCUUGUGUCCCAAAACCUCAUCGAUGCCCUGCCAGAGGGCAUAGGAAAAUUAAAACGCCUUUCCAUACUGAAAGCAGAUCAGAACCGCUUGGUCCAGCUGCCUGAGAGCAUUGGCAGCUGUGAAAGCCUGACAGAACUGGUGCUCACUGAGAACCAUCUGAUGAGUUUACCAAGAAGUAUUGGAAAGCUUAAGAAACUGUCAAAUUUCAACUGUGAUAGAAAUCGUUUAACGUCUUUACCCAAAGAGAUAGGAGGCUGCAGUAGUCUGAAUGUGCUGUGUGUGAGAGACAACCGUUUAUCACGCAUCCCCUCUGAGCUGUCGCAGGCUACAGAACUGCAUGUGUUUGAUGUGUCUGGAAACAGGCUGGCCUUUCUGCCCAUGUCUCUCACCACGCUGCGACUCAAAGCCCUCUGGCUGUCGGACAACCAGUCUCAGCCUUUGCUUACCUUUCAGACUGAUGUGGAUCCUGAGUCGGGAGAAAAGGUGCUGACCUGUGUGCUCCUCCCCCAGCAGCCAUGUGAAUCGGACAAAGGUUCAGAUAACCUGGCACGCUGUGGAGCUUUGGAGAGCCUUGUGAAUGACAUGGCUGAUGACACUUGGGACAACCGAGCCAUGCACAGAAUCAGUGCCAUCCGCUUCUUGGAAGAUGAUGAUGACGAGGACGAUGAAAAGGGAACGCUGCUGCGGCGAGCCACCCCCCACCCAGGAGAGUUACGGACCAUGAAAAAGGUGGUGGAGAACCUCCGCAACGACCUGAAUGCUGCCAAAGGCCUGGAUUCCAACAAAAACGAGGUCAAUAAUGCUGUGGACCGAGUGACCACGUCUGUGUGACUGCUUUCACCUCCGCGAUGGUCCUUUCCCCAUUGUCCAUCGUGUCUUCCUCCCUGUAACCCAGAUUAGCCCCUUCCCCUGCCUCGGCACAGAGACUUGACCCUCCUCUCUCUUAGUCUUGAAGUUCAUCUCCCUCUGCAACAAGUGCCUUCAUCUUAAAAAAAAAAAAAAAAAAGUCCAGAGCAAUAAUGUGUGCAGCAAGACUCACUUUCUGUACAAAUACUCUUAUCUCCACUCCCCAGACACAGCCAGAUGUUUAGAUGCAAUAUAUUAAGAACACACUAAACUCCUGUCACAAUCAUAGAUAUAUUGAUACACACUUACAUACUGUAUUUAUAUCUUUUUACUAUUCCUUUUUUAUUUUUAUAAUGUUUUUAAUCACUAGGUGGUUGUUUCUUUUCUUCCAGUUUUUUUGAAAUAUUUUGAGCCCAGGCUUUUUUUGGACCUACUGAUUUAUAAAGAAUAUUGUAUAGUUCUUUGUGAAUAUCAGUACUUUUGUACUUGUGGCAGCUCAGAGGGUGUGAAUCUGGAGAAAAGAAAAUAACAUGUAUAGCGCAUUUCUUAAUUAUUGAGCAUUUUUACUCCUUUAACAAAAAUGUCCUUUUUUAAGCGAGGCAAAAAUCUUUAAUGUCUUAAGAAAUUAACUGGGGGCUAAAGGACAGCUUUGUAUUUACUUUUCAGGUUAGGCUGUUUGUUUUCACAAAUCAGUCCUAUUCUUAAUCCAAAUAAAUAUUUCUAUAUUUAAGAAAUUAAGGGCUAGUGCAGCGCAGAACAUUUACCCACUUUCUAGAACUGGAAUGAGCGAUACUGGGGUUCAUGUACAUUGAUUGACUAUUUACUGAUUAUUUCACACAGAAAUGCUAGACUGGUUGAAAUGUGUCAAUGAGGACUGAUCUGACAGAAGCUUCUUCUGUUUCAUUUGUUAACAUUAGCAAUAUUAGCAUUUCUAGAUGAAAUGUCCUUUUCAACCUUCACGCUAAUUCUUAAAUUUGCUCAGUUUUUAUGUUUCUCCCUGCUUUAUGUAAAUGUGGUACAUUAAAAAUACAUAUUUUUAUUAAUGAUUGGAUUUGAUGGAUUGAAGUACAGAAGAAAAACGGAAUGUACUUUUGCAAGUUUUAUUAAAAUUGCUUAUUGUUACUAUGGUACACUACAAAAAGAGUUUGCAAUGUAUGUUCUUUGUGGCGAAAAGGACCAAGGAAAUUGGUUUUUAAAUGUUGAAUUUAAUGUCCUAAUUAUUAUCUAUUUUUGUAAAUUAAGCUGCACAGAAAUAUCAGAUAGGCACACAUUCUGGGCCUAUAUUUUUUAAAUUUUAACCACUGAAAUAAUAAAAUGAUUUAAUGAAA